CAGCGGUGAGGCUGGAUGUUUUGUAUUGGUAGUGUUACGUUGAGAUAAGUACGAUGUCACAACCCAACAAGAGAGUUAAAACUUUGCAAAUACUACAGUCUCAUAAGAGCGAUGUCAUCACAUGUGAUUUUGGCGGAAACCAUGCCUUGGCGUCGGGUUCUGGAGACAAGAAAAUAUGGGUUUAUGACUGGCAUCCUGGCUUGGGAUAUAUUGAAACCCCAUACUCUCCUCUUUUGGGUCAUAAGUAUGGAGUUACAUCAGUAAGAUUCUCCCCUCAAGGUACGAUGCUGGCUACCUCGUCAAUUGAUGGCACUACUGCGUUGUGGAACGUGCAGACUGGGAAUCGAAUUCACACGUUCGUACAGACAAAUGGUGUAGCCGUUAGAGUAAGCAGAUUUGCACCAGAUUGCAGUUUACUUAUUUCAGCUGGGGAUGAUGGCUCUGUUUGUGUAUGGAGUAUUCGCCACAAAAAUCUUGUUAGGACGUUCCAGCCACAUGAAGGAACCAUUCAGGCUGUUGCAUUUGCUCCAGAUUCCUGCUAUUACAUAACAGCCUGUUCCCAAGGAGUCAUGAAGUUGUGGGAAGUUACUAAUGAAGAAGAAACAGUUAACUCCCUGAUAUCAGUUGAUGAUGUUCAUGAUCUUGGUGUUACAGGAUGUGAUUUUUCACCAGUUCAAGGCCUCACAGAGAGCAAUGAAGAGCUGUUUCAUCGUUAUAACUUUGCCACUUGCGGUAAUGACCAUCUGGUGAAACUUUGGGAGCUACUUGUGGGAAAGAAAGAAAAACACCACACCAAAACUCCUCUACAGCUUAAAAGUGUUGUGUCAAUGGAGGGACACUCUUCAGCUGUUACAUGUGUCAGGUUUUCACCCAGUGGCUCAUAUAUUGCAUCUGCAGGAAUUGACAAGAUAUGUUGUAUCUGGGAUUUGAAGGGGUCCUGCCUGAGUGUUUUGGAUGGGCACUUGCGUUAUGUAACAUCCUGUGCAUUUUCUCGUGAUGGAUCAUUGCUGGCAUCAGGUUCCAAUGACAAGACCCUUGCAGUAUGGGACCUGACGGGAAACCUGACCGUAGACUCAGAACUGACAAAACCGUGCUCUGCCCUACGUCACUAUGCCAACAAUAAUACCGAGCAUGGGUUACUGGAUGAGGAAGAACUUAUGAGACAAGCAGAAAGAGAUAAAAAUGAAGUGAAGCUUUUACAGUCCAUUGAUGGUCAUGAAGGUGGCAUCAACACAUGUCAUUUUUCUGGGAGUAAGCUUCUGGCAUCAGGAUGUGGGGACAAUAAGAUUCAUGUUUGGACCCUUAAUGAAGAUGAUCAGUUUGUUGAGACUAGUGUCUCACCAUUAGAAGGACAUCAGUACAGUGUUUACAAAGUCAACUUUUCUCCAAGAGGUGACAAAUUGGCUUCAUGUUCUCUGGAUGGUGCAGUAAUCAUCUGGAAUAUAGAGACUGGAAUGCCUAUUUGCCCAAAUUUGCAUUGUAGUGGUAGUGGAAUCAGAACAUGCCGAUUCUCACCAGAUGGACAUCUGUUGGUCAUAGCAGGUGAUGCAGAGAAGGCGUGUGUGUGGAAUAUUGAUUCAAUGGAAUGUCUGAUGUCAUGUGAGGGCCACAGUGAUGCUAUCGUAGAUGCAGCCUUCUCACCAGAUAGCCAGUUUCUUGUAACUGUUUGCUCAGAUGGUAACUUUAAAUUGUGGUGUGUUGCACCUUGUUUGGAUCAGUGCCUUAUUACACAGGAAGCUGCUCAUGAUUUGGGUGUUCAGAGUUGUGACUUUUCUCCUUCAGAGGGAAUAGCAGGACGAGAAUAUGGACCUUACAAUUACAGAUAUUUGCUUGCAACUUGUGGUGUGGAUUCACUCAUAAAAUUGUGGCAUAUCACUAUAAAUGCUUAUGAGAAAACUGAAGAGUGUAAUCUGUGGAAACAGUUUGCUGGUCAUGGAGGAGUCAUUACCUGUGUUUGUUUUGCACCUCCUGCUGGUGAAGUACUUGGUUCCACAGCAAGUGACAAAACAGCUCGUCUCUGGAAUGUAUACACUGGAGAAUGCCUUCAUGUAUUAGAAAAUCAUAACAGCAUGGUUACAACUUGUGCUUUUUCCACAGAUGCUAAUCUGUUUGCUACAGGUUCCCUUGACCGGAGACUUAUUGUUUGGCAGUUGCCUCAGGGCCUGGUAAUGCAGUCUUAUGUUACUGAAUCAUUUAUAACAGAAAGGAUUUGCAAACAGAAGAAGAAGCUGCUGAACUGGGGUGUUGAAGAUGUACAGGAAUGGCUACGUGAAGUGAGGUUUGUGGAUGUCGUAGAACAAGUGGCUGCAAAUUGUCUGACAGGUCAACAGCUUGUGACACUACCAUCUGAAGAAAUUUUGGACCUUCUUGAGAUAAGUGAAGAGGGAGGAAGACAAAAACUGAGAUCCUACCUUUUUUGGUUGAAAAAAGCUGACUAUGGUGUGUUGGAUGUACCAGUAGACAAAGAGAUUCCACAUGAAUUUCUCUGUCCUAUUACGCAUGAAAUUAUGCAAGAUCCAGUUAUUUGUUCAGAUGGGUUCACAUACGAGUGUGCAGCAAUUAAUGAAUGGUUCCUCAGUGGAAAAUUUACUAGUCCCAUGACCAACAGUCAGUUGAGUAAUACCAAAUGCAUUCCAAAUACAGAUCUUAAAGCAGAAAUUUGUCAAUUUCUUUAUGGUGAAACAGCAUCCUGAAUUUCAGGUUUUGUAUUUGUAACCCACCUGUAUGUACAUGCCACAUGUAAUGGUGUUACAUCACCUAUUACUUCUGAAUUCUAAAAUCACUAGUC